UUUCAGUGCUUUCUCACUCCUUGAUUAUCAGGAAGAAGAUGAGCCUGAAGUCCGAGCGCCGGGGAAUUCAUGUGGAUCAGUCUGAGCUCCUGUGCAAGAAAGGAUGUGGUUACUAUGGCAAUCCUGCCUGGCAGGGUUUCUGCUCCAAGUGCUGGAGGGAGGAGUACCACAAGGCCCGGCAGAAGCAGAUCCAAGAGGACUGGGAGCUGGCAGAACGACUUCAGCGGGAAGAGGAAGAGGCCUUUGCUAGCAGCCAGAGCAGCCAAGGAGCCCAGUCCCUCACGUUCUCCAAGUUUGAGGAAAAGAAAACCAAUGAGAAGACCCGCAAGGUCACCACAGUGAAGAAGUUCUUCAGCGCCUCUUCCAGGGUUGGGUCCAAGAAGGAAAUUCAGGAAGCCAAAGCUCCCAGUCCCUCCAUAAACCGGCAAACCAGCAUUGAGACGGAUCGAGUGACUAAGGAGUUCAUAGACUUUCUCAAGACCUUCCACAAGACAGGCCAAGAAAUCUAUAAGCAGACGAAGAUGUUUUUGGAAGCAAUGCAUUAUAAAAGGGAUUUAAGCAUUGAGGAACAGUCAGAGUGUGCUCAGGAUUUUUACCAGAAUGUGGCUGACAGAAUGCAGACUCGUGGGAAAGUGCCUCCAGAGAAAGUGGAGAAGAUAAUGGAUCAGAUCGAGAAGUACAUCAUGACCCGUCUCUAUAAAUUCGUGUUCUGCCCAGAGACUACUGAUGAUGAGAAGAAAGAUCUCGCCAUUCAAAAGAGGAUCAGGGCUCUGCACUGGGUGACACCUCAGAUGCUCUGUGUCCCUGUCAAUGAGGAAAUCCCUGAAGUGUCUGACAUGGUGGUGAAAGCGAUCACAGACAUCAUUGAGAUGGACUCAAAGCGUGUGCCUCGGGACAAGUUAGCCUGCAUCACAAGAUGCAGCAAGCACAUCUUCAAUGCCAUCAAGAUUACCAAGAAUGAGCCAGCCUCCGCCGAUGACUUCCUGCCCACCCUCAUCUACAUCGUCCUGAAGGGCAACCCCCCUCGCCUGCAGUCCAACAUCCAGUACGUCACUCGCUUCUGCAACCCCAGCCGGCUCAUGACAGGCGAGGAUGGCUACUACUUCACCAACCUGUGCUGUGCUGUGGCUUUCAUCGAGAAACUAGAUGCUCAGUCUUUGAAUUUAAGUCAGGAGGAUUUUGACCGAUACAUGUCUGGCCAGACUUCCCCUCGGAAGCAGGCGUCUGAGAGCUGGUCCCCCGAGGCCUGCUUAGGUGUGCAGCAAAUGUAUAAGAACCUGGACCUCCUAUCUCAGCUGAACGAACGGCAGGAAAGGAUCAUAAAUGAAGCCAAGAAACUUGAAAAAGACUUAAUAGACUGGACGGAUGGAAUUGCCAAGGAGGUUCAGGACAUUGUUGAGAAGUACCCACUUGAGAUUAAGCCCACAAACCCACCAUUAGCAGCCAUCGACUCUGAAAAUGUGGAGAGUGACAAGCUCCCGCCCCCUCUGCAGCCUCAGGUGUACGCAGGAUGAUGUCCUGCUCAGCGCUAUAGUUAUGUGGGGCCAAUUCAGGGAGCUGCUACGUUCAGGUCUGGAGUAUGAAUUAACUGCUUAAAAUUUCAAAGUAUUUUUAAGGUACAGUUUUAGGGAUUGAUUUUUUUGUUUUGUUUUUUCUUUUUUCUUUUUUUCUAGCAGGGGAAGCUUAGUAAAUAAUAAUGAACUAUUUAUUUGAGUUGGUGAAGUAGGUUUGUGUGAAUUCCUGUGGAUCUUUUAUGUCCUCCCUGAUUUUCUCCUGGGCUUCCUCUGUGGUUGACACUGUUGCUGGUUUUGAGAAAUCCUGCCUUUUAAAGGAUAAAGCAGACGCUACAAAGUCUAUGUUGAAAUGAAUUCUAUGUUCCCACACUUCCAGUGUGAAAUAAUUUUGUAAUUGUAAAGAUAGAAGAUAAUGUUAAUAAGUAAAUAUGUAAAAUUGUAAAUAUGUAAAAAAAAAUAAGGCUGAGGGAGGGAUGGUGUCUGCGUGCAUGGUAUUUCAUGUGCUGAUUUUUUUCUUUUUAGGUAAAAAUGAAAUAUAUUGAAUGUUUGUCUUUAGCACCAUUUUCUUUGGUUUGUUCCACUAAAAUAAUUGGGCUUCACCUUUAACAUUAUGUUAGCGCUAACUACCCUAACUCCGAGGUCCUUUCAGGUACUUGUUAUGAAGUUGUGACACCAAUUUUUAGGUCACAUAAGUAUUGUUCUGGGAUUGGGAAGGUGGCUUAGUCUGUAAAGUCCUUUCCACACUAGCGUGAGGACCUGAAUUCAAUGUCCAGCAC